AUGAAGUUACCCAAACUGGCAAUCCUCCUCUGUGCAUCACCAAUCCUAGCACAGAGCUCAGAAGAAGAGCUAAAGUCACUUCUUGCCGCAUGGUCCAAGAUCGCCCCAACGAUCACAGCACCAGUCACAUUUGUCACUGAAAUACCAACACGUCUCAUGAAUGUCGUACAAGCUAACAAACACUCUGACCCACCCCCAACGUCCCUUAUGCUCGCAAUUUUCACUGGCGUCCCACAGACCGUCCUUGCGCAACUGGUCGACCCGUCUGCACGUGCCUCGAUUGCUUCAGAAUUUGCGGCUGGCAAUACGCCUGAUUGGUACAAUGAACUGCCUUCCGGGGUGAAGAGCUAUGUUCAAAGUAUCAAUGAGGCAAUUAAGACAGGUGGAAAUGAUUAUACGCCUCCGGUACCAGACGCAACAGGUGCAGCAGGUGGUCAGGCAGAUAGUGGCGAUGGAAAUGAGGCUACCGGUGGUGACGAUGAUGAGUCCGGAGGGAGUAGAGUGGAGGGACUCUGGGGUGGUAGUAUGAGAAUGGCAGGAAUUUCAAUUGUAAUAGUGGGUCUGCUUGUCCUGGUAGUACUGUAG